UAGCUCACUCCACCCCCUCUCCUCCUCUCGCCGGCCGACGACCUCCGCCUCCGCCUCUCUCUCUCUCUCUCUCUCUCUCUCUCCCCUUCCCCGCCAUUCUAGAAGCUUCCGGAGGGCGCCGCCAUGAUGGGCGCCGCCGCCGCCGCAGCCCGCCUCGCGGCGCUCCUCCUUGUCGCGGCGGCCGCCGUCGGGGAGUGCGUGUACGUCCCGUACAACACGUCGGCCGGGGUGGUGAAAGGGAAGCUCAACGUGCACGUGGUGCCCCACACCCACGACGACGUCGGCUGGCUCAAGACCGUCGACCAGUACUACGUCGGAUCCAACAACUCCAUCCAGGGAGCGUGCGUGCAGAACGUGCUGGACUCGCUCGUGCCGGCGCUGCUCAAGGACGAGAACCGCAAGUUCAUCUAUGUUGAGCAGGCAUUCUUCCAGAGAUGGUGGAGGCAGCAGAAUGACAUGAUUAAGGAUAUAGUGAAGGGGCUCAUCAGCACUGGACGGUUGGAAUUAAUAAAUGGGGGAAUGUGCAUGCAUGAUGAGGCGGCUGUGCACUACAUUGACAUGAUAGACCAGACUACGCUUGGGCACAGGUUCAUCAAGGAGGAGUUUGGUCAGGUUCCAAGGAUUGGUUGGCAGAUUGAUCCAUUUGGGCACUCUGCAGUUCAGGCUUACCUCCUAGGCACAGAAGUAGGUUUCGAUGCUUUUUAUUUUUUCCGGAUUGAUUACCAAGACCGUGACACACGAAAGGGAACAAAAGAACUUGAGGUUGUGUGGAGGGGCUCCAAGACCUUUGGCUCAUCAGCUGACAUCUUUGCUGGCAUCUUCCCAAAAAAUUAUGAACCACCUCCUGGUGAGUUUUACUUCGAAGUCGAUGAUACUUCCCCAAUCGUCCAGGAUGAUCCCCUUCUUUUUGAUUAUAAUGUUGAGCAACGGGUGAAUGACUUUGUUGCUGCAGCUAUAGCACAGGCAAAUAUUACAAGGACAAACCAUGUUAUGUUUACAAUGGGCACAGACUUCAAAUAUCAAUAUGCAGAAAGUUGGUUCAGACAGAUGGACAAAUUAAUUCACUACGUUAACAAGGAUGGCCGUGUCAAUGCUCUGUAUUCAACACCUUCCAUUUAUACUGAUGCAAAACAUGCUGAAAAUGUGCCAUGGCCUCUCAAGACUAAUGAUUUUUUCCCGUAUGCAGAUGACCCAAAUGCAUACUGGACUGGUUACUUCACAAGCAGACCUGCCUUAAAACGAUAUGUUCGUGUUAUGAGUGGAUAUUACCUGGCAGCUAGGCAGUUGGAAUUGUUUAAAGGGAGGAGUAACUCCGAUCUCACAACAGAUAGCUUAGCUGAUGCUUUAGCUCUUGCUCAGCAUCAUGAUGCUGUUACAGGAACAGAGAAGCAACAUGUCGCAAAUGACUAUGCAAAGAGAUUGGCAAUUGGCUAUACAAAAGCUGAGAAGCUGGUUUCAUCUUCUCUCUCUUGCUUGAGUCAGUCAGGUUCAAAAUCACAUUGUCCGGCCCAUACAACGAAUUUUGGACAGUGUCCGCUCCUAAAUAUUACAUAUUGCCCCCCUUCUGAGAUAGACCUUUCUCAAGGGAAGAGUUUGGUUGUGCUUGUGUACAACUCUCUUGGGUGGAAACGAGAGGAUGUCCUUCGCUUACCGGUCGUCAGUGAUUCAAUUGUUGUUCAUGAUUCUGAGGGAAGAGAAGUGGAAUCACAACUUAUACCUAUAGCAAAUGCAUCUUUGCACAUGCGGGAGAAACAUGUCAAGGCUUACCUAGGCAUGUUACCAUCUGCAAAGCCGAAGUUUUGGCUUGCUUUUCCAGUUUCUGUGCCACCUCUUGGUUUCAAUACUUACUUUAUAUCAAGUGGGAAGAAAUCAGCAUCAGUCUCUUUGAUGUCCACUCUGUACCCAUCUCACGGAAGUGAGAAUAGUAAUAUGCAAAUUGGGCAAGGACAGUUGAAACUUCAAUAUAAUACAGCUGGAGUAUUGUCUCUGUACUCCGACAGUAAAACCCAGGUUGAAGCUAAUUUGGAGCAGAAGUACAAGUAUUACAUAGGACAGGAUGGAAAUGGAAGUGAUCCUCAGGCUUCUGGAGCAUACAUAUUUCGCCCUAAUGGCACAGUUCCUAUCAUGACUAAUGGACAGGUUCCUCUCACAGUUUUCCGUGGGCCCAUAUUGGAUGAAGUGCAUCGGCAGAUUAAUUCAUGGAUAUAUCAGAUCAACAGAGUUUACAAAGGAAAGGACUAUGUGGAGACUGAAUUUAUAGUUGGACCUAUACCAGUGGAUGAUGGAAAUGGAAAAGAAGUAGCUACUGAAAUUGUUACAAACAUGGCAACAAACAAAACAUUUUAUACUGAUUCCAGUGGACGUGAUUUCAUCAAAAGGAUACGAGAUUACCGGUCAGAGUGGAAGAUUGAAGUUCACCAGCCUAUUGCUGGAAACUAUUAUCCUGUUAACCUUGGCAUUUAUGUGGAAGAUGGCAGUAGAGAGUUAUCUAUUCUUGUUGACAGGUCUGUUGGAGGUGCCAGCAUAAAGGAUGGACAGAUAGAGCUAAUGUUACACAGGAGACUACUUCAUGAUGAUGGUCGUGGUGUUGCAGAGGCAUUAAAUGAAACAACAUGUUUUGAUAAUCGGUGUGAAGGACUAGUUAUUGAAGGAAAGUAUUAUCUCAAAAUUGAUCCACAAGGAGAAGGAGCUAGGUGGCGCCGGACAUUUGGCCAGGAAAUAUACUCCCCUCUUCUUCUUGCUUUUGCAGAACAGGAUGGAGGCAAUUGGGUGAAUUCACAUGUUACGAAAUUCUCUGCAAUGGACCCAACCUACAGCUUGCCUGAUAAUGUUGCACUGCUUACCCUUCAGGAACUUCAAGAUGGAAGUGUUCUUCUGCGGUUGGCUCACCUAUAUGAGGCUGGAGAGCAUAAGGAUCUUUCAGCUCUGGCUAGCGUCGACCUGAAGAGAGUGUUUCCAGACAAGAAGAUUGGCAAGAUUGUGGAGACCAGCCUAUCAGUGAACCAAGAGCGUGCUGCCAUGGAGAAAAGGAGGCUGAAAUGGAAGGUAGAAGGGCCUCCUGCUGAUGAAAAGAUCAUCCGGGGAGGCCCUGUGGAUCCUUCUAAGCUCGUGGUCGAUCUUGGCCCCAUGGAGAUACGCACAUUCCUCAUCAAUUUCUCCCAGCAGUCCGGCAAACAGUUGAUGUGAGCAUUUGGAAGGGGAGGGGUGAUGGCGCCAAUGUUGUAUUUUUAGGCUGAGUUGUCUUGGUGAUGAGCAAUAAGAAAUAAUUUGGCCAUGAUGACCAAAGGCGGAAAUGCAGUGGUUGCAUGAUUCCAGCCACUGAACCUGCUUGUAUCUUGUAAAUGAAUUUGGCUUCGCCUUAAGCUGAGCUCGGUUUCAGUGAAAAGAGGAAAUGAGGUGAACUUUUCGUCUC